GGUCGAGAGAAGCAGCUGGUCCAAGACACCGAAUAGAGGCCAACCCUCAAAAGCUAGUGCUUCCUUGGCUGUUGGCUCUCUCCAAAUAUCGCUAUAACUUUGCCACGAUUGGAGGGUUCCUCUUCUCCUCUUCUCUUCCACUCUCUCUCAACACUGAUAUCUAAUCUGAUUUUGCGUUUACGUAUUGGAAUCUCUGCGUACACGCAUAUUCCCAUAGGGGGUGGGAAGGAAGGAGGAAAGGAUCUAGAGAGAGAAUGUCGAAGAAGAAAGCUUUCAGUGGCAACACUAUGACUCUCAAGGACUUUCAUGGCGGUUCUAUCCCGACUGAUCUUCCUCUUCCAUCUGCUCCUGGUGUAAUUGUUAGGUCUUCGGAGUGGUCUGGUUGCGAUCGACCAAAUGCAUGGGGAGGGCCAAUGGGUCGUCCCGAUCACCGGGCUAGGCCUAAUUCGUCCCCUGCUACUAGGCAUUUCGAUGAUAAAACCCCCUUUCUUAGUCAUACAGCACAGAUUGGCCGUCAUUUCGAUGAGGAUGAACGCAAGCCUUUAGAUGGUGUUUCGGCCCCACGCCGGACAGUCAAUGAUGAGAGCUUUCGUGUCCCACAGAGUAGGAUGGAGUUGAAACCAGAGCCUGUGUUGAGUGGAAUGUUGUCAGGUUCAGCUUCAGGGGUACAGGUUGCAAGUUCAUACUCAGGAAGGGUUAGCGAUGGGGUUCAUGUGGGGGCAAGUCUACAGAAUGUAGGGGGUAAUACUGGGAAGAGCGUUGGAGGGUCACACCCAAAUGCAUGGGCAGCCAGGAAGGAGAUGGUAGUAGGUGUUAAUGAGCCAGUGCAAUCAGCCUGGUCAGGAGCGAGUGGCGUUUCAAGGUUAGCUCAUGCAAGUGCUCUUGAAAAGGUGUCUUCAGGCAGAUGGCAGAUAAAGCAUUCUAUUAACUAUCAAACGGAUGUUGAGACUAUUGAGCAUUUGGAAACAGAAAAGGGUGUAGCUUCUGUAGGUUAUGAUGGCUGUGCAUACAAUAGGAUGGAUGCAGUGGGUGGGAGGGAAUAUCCUGAUGCAACAUUGGCCAGGCAUGUGGAAAAGGGUAUGGGUAUUGAUGAUGGGAUUCAAAAUGGUAGAAAGGAGUAUGUUGAUCAUGAUAGAGUCAGGGCUGCUUCACAUUCAGAAUUGAAAGAGAGGAACCUGUCAUUGCAGGGUGAAAGGUUUCAACCACCACGUACUGAUGUCAGAUUCAGUAGGUCUGAAUUGCUACCCCUGGUGCAGUCUGAAUCAUCAGAAAGGCCUAAGGUGAAGUUGCUUCCAAGAACAAAGCCUUUGGAUAAUUUGGAACUGUCUACUGUUGAUCAUGAGCAGGGACACCAACAGCUGAGUAACUCUGCUAAUGGUCAUGUUAAAGCUGGUGAAAUGCAUGGAAAUGUCAGUGCUGCAAAACCUGGUUUAACUAAUUUGGAUAGUGCAAAUCAGGCGAUAGAGCGCCCAAAAUUGAACUUGAAGCCACGAUCACAGCCUCUUGAACAAUCAGAAGGGAACACAAAAAUGGGAAGGUUUGGAUUAUUUGGUGGUGCUCGUCCACGUGAAGUGGUUCUGAAGGAGCGAGGAAUUGACAGUACUGCUAUUGGUAACCAUGACUCGGGUCAGCAUCCAGAUAGGGUCAAGCAUAUUGUUUCCAAGACUGAAAGAGUUCCUGAGCAUGCAGUUCCUACUCGUCAUGGUGAAAGGAAUGACAAUUUUUCUCCUGAUCAAAGGGCUGGAAAGAAAAUUGAGAGGAAGGAUCAGCAGGUGGACAUUGAGAAAGUUGAUAAACAGAGGAGGAAUUGGCGAAAUGAGAACUGGAGGAACAGCAGGGAUACUGAGAGGCAACAGCAGCUGCCGCAAUUGCAGCGGGAGAGGCCUCCUUCACCAGAGACCUGGCGCAAACCUGUUGAACAUCCAAAACCAACCUCACCUGAUGCCGCUGGUUUGCGUUAUGGAAAAGCAGCUUCAGCCUUGGAGCUUGCCCAAGCAUUCUCAAGAUCCUUCUCAGAUCCAAAAACAGCAGACCAGUAUUCUGGCCAAAGGAGCCUCACUGGCAAGACCCAGAUGCCUUUUUCACGGCUAAUGGGACCCACGGCAAGGCCUCAGAUAAAUGGCUACUAAAUUUUGAGCGGUGUUAUGGCCAAUUAGGCAUCUGGUGGUAAGAAGAUUAUGUCUAUUUCAGCGUUGGUUAGUUGCACAAUCACUCAACAAAUGAGUGUGCACCAAGAUAUUUUCAGCGAAUAGAUGACCAUUUGAAUCGAGUGCAAUUCUCCAGAUACUGUUGAGGCCACUUUACUUUUUAACCCCAUUUGUCAUUUCAUCCUUUGCGCCAACCCCCCCUCCCCACAAAACCCCUCUUGGAAACUGUAUUCCUCAUUUUUUAUAAGAGAGUUAUCUUGGUUGCUUAUUUAUACAAUGGGCAUGGUACGAGUAAGUACAUUUUGUGGCU